AUGGCGCAAUCCGAAGACACCUCCGACAUGCCCGAUAUGACCGAAGACUUCUUUGACUGCGAAUACCCAGAUCCUAAAGACCUCUCUCCCGCUCAGCACGAAGUGUCAGAAAUCAUGCUCAAAAUGAAAGAUGACCCCACUCUAAUGGGAAUCCGCAUGCUCGGCAAAGAUGGCAUCUUUCGAUCCCUAGAUGCCGACCGCAAUGUCGUCGAUGCCGUCGCGUGCACACCUCCCAUCAUAAAAGCCCUCUUAGACCGAAUGCCAUAUGAUGCCGAGGCUGAGAAGAGCUUCCGAGGCGUUGAUGGAACAAAGACACCAAAAGAGCAGUGGUAUGAUCCGCUACCCGGUAUCUUGCCGCCGCCACUGGAGGAGGAGCAUCGUGAACGAUCAGAAGAGGUGCUUGAAGGAUACAGAAAACAGUACUAUGAGAGGAGGAAGAAGAUUGACAAUGGAACUGCCACGCAGUGUGCCGUGUGUUUGAUGUCGGAUAACGAUCUCGGCCCAGGACUUGGGAAACGCAAGGCACAGGAUUAG